AUGCCCGAUACCUUAGCAGCUGAAUUAAAAACGGAGACCGGUGCUUCUAGCGUCCCAGUGGACGACGAGACCCAGGAUGACAGUAUUGCGAAGGAAAGUGGUGGGACAUGGCAGGACAAAAAGGACAUGUGGCGGGCCGGAGUACACCAGGAGCUCAAUCGGAACUUCCGAUUCUUUACCAUCUUAGGGUUCGCGACAGUCCUCAUGGCCACCUGGGAGUCAGUGAUGUUUGGGAGUUCCGUUGGCUUGACCAAUGGCGGAAUUGGUGGGAUGGUGUACAGCUAUAUUGCCGGGAUUAUUGGCUUUACGUUUGUGAUCUUGUCCAUGGCCGAGAUGGCCUCCAUGGCUCCAAUCUCGGGAGGACAAUACCAUUGGAUUUCUGAGUUUGCUCCCAAUGAAUACCAGCAACUCCUUAGCUAUGUUAGCGGCUGGGUUUGUGUGCUGGGUUGGCAUACAGGCAUUGCGGGAUCUGCUUAUACCGUCGCCAACAUGAUUAUUGGGAUCAUUGAAAUAAAUCACCCUGAUACAUAUAUAGCACAACCAUGGCAUGGGACGCUCCUCGUCAUAGCGGUUGCCUUCAUUGCGAUGAUCUUCAAUACCGUGCUUGCCCCCAGGCUACCUUUGAUUGAGGGUACCAUGCUAGUUUUUUAUGUUUUGGGUUUCUUCGGGAUCCUAAUUCCCUUGUGGGUGAAGGGUGAGAAGAAUUCAGCAUCUAAGGUGUUUAGCACCAUAGAAGACAACGGUGGAUGGGGGAGUAGGGCCGGGGCAUGCAUCCUCGGCCUGGUUGGAUCGGACUACAUUAACACGAAGCCCGCAGCCGAGGAGAUUAAAGAUUCCUCGCGAACAUUGCCAGUAGCAAUGCUAGGAACGUUGGCCCUAAAUGGCAUAGUCGGCUUUAUCAUGCUCAUCACAUACGUGUUUUGUAUCCCGAGCGCGCAGGAAGCUCUUAAGCACAGUCAUGGCUUUCCAUUCAUCUAUGUGUUCCUGCAAACCACUGGCUCUGUUGGCGGUACCACUGGCAUGACAGUAAUCAUCAUGCUUCUCCAGGCCUGCAGUGCUGUCAGCAAUGUGGCUUCAACGUCACGGCAGCUUUAUGCGUUUGCUCGUGACGGUGGAGUCCCAUUUCCACACUUCUUCUCAAAGGUAUUUCCUGUUCAUGCUUCUCCCGGAAACAAGAGCUUACUUGCCAAUAGGUCAACCGCCGCUUUGUUGUCCCAUUGA